CAAUAUCACAUCCGAGACAGUAAUUAUACCGAAAAAAACUAUUCUACUCAAUACUUAUUAACGCAUACUUCUUCGGUGUCUUUUUAAUUAGAGCCCAAUUACUUGGGAGGUCACUACAUAUUUCAUUUAAUUUUUUGUAAAAUAACUUCCUACUAGAUGUGUUUAAAAUGAAAACGGCUAAAAAUAUUUUGAUAUCGUCAUUGCUAUGUGCUAUAAAAUUUAUUAGAACUGAUAACAACAAUAAAUGAAAAUAACGAAAGAGCGCAAAAGUGGUUUUUAGAAUGUGUCAUGGACAAUAAUUUGCAAACUUACAUAACAAUCAAUUAGAGCUACUAACAUUUAACCUAAUCUUACUUACUGAUUUUAUCACCCGAUUUAGAUUGUUUGCAUGUCGUCAAAGUUACAUAACCCGCAACCAAGGUGGGAUUAUAUUUCUGGCAGUCGGAAAAUUUAUUAUUUUAGAUGACACAUCGAUUUCCAAUUACUUUCCUCUUUAAGACUUCUUGUAUUUUUGCACCUAAAAAAUUAAAUUUAAAUUGCUAUAUUGACACAAAAAACCACUAAUUACUUUAUUUGUCUCGAAAAAAGUUAAAAAAAUACUAUAAAAGGCAAAUGGUAAAAAGUAUAUUCACAAUCGCUGUAAAGAGGGUAGAGUAAACAAAUAGGAUUUGAAAUAUUUUCUAUUUCCGCAAGUAACGAUUGACAAGAAGGAAAGACAAGAUAUUCUCUUAUCUAAUUUUUCAUCACAUCAUUUCUUUAAAGCAACAAUAACGCAAAUUACAAUAUCAAUCAUGAAUAAAGUUGGUUUAUGGAUCUGCUCUGUACUGCUAUGUUUUGCGUCAGUGUCAUAUGGACAAACUCUUAAUUGCACCAACAUUCCAGAUGUCCCAACAAAACCACAAGAUGGUGAAAUUACUGCAAUACUGUCAAGCGCAAAUGAAAAUAUCGUAGUUUGCAACAACAUUAUACCACACCUGAAUCCUUUCAUUGCAAGUCUCAAGUUAUCGGGUGUAGAACAACUAAUUAAUCAAACAUGUAAGUUAAUAGAUGAUCUCAACGCUCGUCUUGAAAUUAUCAAUCGACGACUUGAUUGUGGACUUGUGUCGAGCGUACAAGAAGCUCGAAAUUUGAAUCAAAUGCUGGGCAACGAUCAAGUUUCAAAGAGAGUAUUGAACGGCGUGAAAGCCAGACUUCUUGUUAUCAAGAAUCGUCUUCAAGCUAUUAUUACACCUGCAGUUCCCUGAAUUUAAUAAUUUGUAAUUUUGUUUACAUUUAACUCUUUGUCUUGUAGUAUAAAGGAAAUAAAUCUGUUCUCUGUAGAGGUUGUUGUUUUUUCUUAUUUUACUUUCUUUUUAAAAAAAAAGUUUUUAAGCCGUUUUUUAAAAGGUUAAAAUCGCUAAAUGAAAGUCACGGCCAUUAAAAUUGCAUUGACUUAAGGUUAUGACAAUAGAAGAUCAUCAUUUUAAUUAGUUAUUACCUAAGGUUGAAUAUUUUAACAUCGUUAUGUAGUUUUCGCGACAUUGUAGUAGUUGGUUGUAAUCAAGUGAAUAUUCUAUA